AUGUCCUCGGCUCUAGCACGUCACACACUCAACACUCCUACAGUUGCAACUGCCAACGGCAGUGCAAGCAAGACCGCGCCAGACGAAACAGAAGCCAAUCUGAGUAAUCUUCUGGUAGCAUACACAGACGGUCAGAGAGCACACUCUAUGGAACGAGACUCUACCGGAUACUCGCAGACAGGUUUGCAAACGCCCUAUCCACACGCUUUUACCGACGCCCAUUCUGAAGACUCAAUCGCAGAUAAUACAUCUGCUGCGCAGUUUACACCACAUCAAGAAGUUCGAUCGAACAAUAACUACUCCGCAGUAGCCCCUCCCACCACGUCCGACUUCGGCCCUCCUUUUCUACCAACGUUGUCGCGUCCCGCCAACUACCCUGAUCAUAUACAGAGGACAUAUCAAUCCGCAAGUAAUCAUAGCAGUAACAGUGGAGGAAUGGCCCAACCAACAAGUCCGUCUAUACCUUUGGCAGAUGGCCGUUCAACCCAUCAAACUCCGCAAAUCAAAUCUGACCAGGAUGUUCCUAUAGAUCCAUCAAUUGCUGCCUCCAGCCCAACUUACCCAGCGCACGGCGGCCAACACUCUCCAUACCCUCAACAAGAUCAAAUGCAUUUCAACUACCCCGCAACACACCCCGGCGGCGCGAUGUAUACACAACCAAGACCCGAUUGGGCAGGUUACGGUGCAGGCCACGCAGGCCACGCAGGCCAUCCAGGCCAUCCAGGCCAUCAAGUUCAUCAAGGUCACGCAGGCCAUCCAGGCCAUCACCCAGCUUCUCACAAUGGGAUGAAUUACCCAGUCGGCGGUCCCUCAACUGCAUCUUCAACUUCAAUGGGACGUCCUCAAGGGCAUCUGUCACAGAUUUAUUCGUUUGUACCAAUCCCCGGUUCUCAGCAAACUAAGCGUCCCAGAAGACGAUACGAAGAAAUUGACCGCAUGUACAAGUGUGGAUAUCACGGAUGUGAGAAAGCAUAUGGUACCUUGAACCAUCUUAAUGCCCAUGUAACAAUGCAAAGCCAUGGAAAUAAGCGCACACCUGAAGAAUUUAAAGAAAUCCGAAAAGAAUGGAAGGCUCGUAAGAAGGAUGAAGAACAAAAGCGCAAGGAAGCCGACAGUGCUCGUUCUGUCGCUGGCCCUUCCUCUGAGAUUCCUCAUUCUGAAGGCCCAUCAUCUCAAGUUUCCUAUGCUCCAGCUCGAUCAGUUCAGCUUCCUCCUAUUGGAGGGGUAACUAUCGGUUAUCAACCUGGUGCUCAAGUCCCAAAUCAAUAUCAACAACAAGCUCAACCACCAGCUUCAGCUGUUCAGCAAUUACAACAAUAUGGCAAUGGUCAACCUGGCAUGGAUCACUAUGGUGGUUAUCCAGCAUCGCCUUACGGUGCCCCAAACCAUAUGUAUAACAAUUCAGCUGAUCAACCUCAACCUGAACCCAAGUAUGAGCAGUAG